UCACAUAAGUUGCUUCUUUUUUAUUUUUCUCUUUUUUCUCAUAAAGAAGAUAAAUUGUGUUACAUUUAAUUUCCUCUACCAACUUUGGACUAAUAAAAAGAAUACAAGAAAUAGGAAACAAACAACAACCAUUAAUUCCCUUUAUGCAAGCCAUCACCAAAUUCAUCCCAAACAGGAGAAAACAAGAAAAAGCUUCUCAUCAAGAAAGUGCAAAGGAAGAAGAGGAAGCAAAUUGAUCAAUGGUUGGGGAAUCAAGAAAGUGGGUAAUAUUGCUAGCAUCAAUAUGGAUACAAGCAUUCACAGGCACAAACUUUGACUUCUCAUCCUACUCAUCUGAGCUAAAAUCUGUUCUUGACAUAACUCAACUUCAGCUGAAUUAUCUAUCAGUGGCAUCAGAUAUGGGUAAGGCAUUUGGGUGGUGUUCUGGGCUCUCACUCAUGUAUUUCCCUUUGUGGGUUGUCAUGUUCAUUGCUGCUUUCUUGGGACUUGUUGGCUAUGGCUUCCAAUGGCUUGUCAUUCAUAGACUCAUCACCUUGCCUUAUGUUGUGGUCUUUUUUCUAUGCCUGAUUGCUGGCUGUAGCAUCUGCUGGUUCAACACCAUUUGCUAUGUCUUGUGCAUCAAGCAUUUUCCAGCAAACCGUUCACUUGCAUUAUCCUUGAGCAUUAGUUUCAAUGGUGUAAGUGCAGCUUUGUACACUCUCAUUGCCAAUGCAAUAAACUCAAAUGAUGACACCCUCUAUCUAUUACUCAAUGCCAUUGUUCCUAUACUCAUUUCUGGACUAGUACUCAUCCCAAUUCUUCACCAACCACAACCUCAGCCACAUUCUGUUGACACCAUUCAUCGCGAUUCCUUGGUUUUUCUUUGCCUUAACAUCCUUGCCCUUGUCACAGGCCUCUACCUCCUCUUCUUAUACUCCCUUUCUUCAACACCAGUCAUUGCUCGCGUUAUCCUUGUAGGUGCCAUUUUUCUCCUACUACUGCUCUUAUUUUUGCCUAGCAUUGUAUAUUCUAGAGAAUGGUCUUGUUUUACUGUCCCCACAAGCUUUUCUCUAUACAAUUCAAGGUUCACUUUUGUUGACUCUGAUGAUCAUGAGCUUGAAAAAGUACUCAUUGAUGAUGAGUACAGUGCAAGGAAUGGGAGCGCACAAAGCUUAAGAGAUAAGAAAUGUUGUUUUGUGAAUGUGUUGGAGAAAGAGCAGCUUACAAUGCUUGGGGAAGAGCAUCCAACCAAGUUGCUAUUGCAUAGAUGGGACUUCUGGCUAUACUACAUAGCAUAUUUCUGUGGAGGAACAAUUGGAUUGGUUUACAGCAACAACUUGGGCCAAAUUUCUCAAUCACUUGGACACUAUUCUCAGACUAGCUUUCUUGUCACACUCUAUUCCACAUGUUCCUUCUUCGGUCGCCUUCUUGCAGCUGCGCCUGACUUCUUGCACGGGACAAUACACUUUGCAAGAACUGGAUGGUUUGCAGCAGCCCUGGUGCCAACACCAAUUGCAUUCAUUUUGCUGGCCAUUUCUGGCAGUGAACCAGCAUUGCACAUAGGCACAAGCUUGAUAGGGCUGAGUUCAGGCUUUGUGUUUUCUGCAGCAGUGUCAAUUACAUCAGAGUUAUUUGGACCAAAUAGUGUCGGGAUGAACCAUAAUAUCCUCAUAACUAACAUUCCUUUAGGCUCAUUUCUCUAUGGUCUUCUUGCAGCCUUGAUUUAUGACUCCAAUGCAAUGAACUCAAGGCAUGAAAAUGCAAUGUGGCUGCGAGAAAUGUCCAUGUGCAUGGGGAGAAAGUGCUACCUACAAACUUUUAUAUGGUGGGGUUGCAUUUCAAUGGUGGGAUUGGUUUCAAGCUUCUUGCUUUUCAUGAGGACUAAGCAAGCCUACGACAAUUUUGAAAAAAAUAAUAAGAGAAACAGAACUGAAACCUCAUAGCUCAAGAAUAAGAACUAUUCUGUGAAGAACAUUUUACCACUCUCUUAAAUGUGAUGGGACCAGUAUUGAAUACCAAAAAGCAAGAUUUCACAAAAUCUUUGAACAUAGUUGUAUGAGAUAGAAAAUUUUCUGAUCUGGAUUUAGAAAGGAUCAAUUACGAAAGGAAGUUGAAAAUUGAUGUUGUUUAGGCUUUGGUUGUCUAACUCUGCUAGCAGAAUAUUGAUUAAAAGUUAAUGACUUACCACACUUUAUUGGGAGACUAGAAUACCAGUAGAAUGUUUGAUCACACUUAAAUGUA